AUGAAAUUGAGAUACGCCUUACUGCUCUGCGCUGUGGCGCAUUGCGCCCUAAUCAUCGCCGCCGCCGCCGAACAGCAAGAGUCAAAGUACAAUGAGAUCAUCAAACUGCUGAGCGACAGCACUGAACAGCUGAAGCCAGCCGCCCAGUCCUACUCCGCCUCAGUGGCCGACCCCAACGAGUACAGCUCUUCCGGAUACGGGCGAGGCUCCUCGGAGCGAUCUCGAUACGCGCCCUCAUCCUCGUCGGGCGGCAACAACAAGAAGGCGGCCGCCGAUGACGAUGAUGAGAAGAAGACGGAAGAGGACGAGGAGGACAAGAAGCCAGACCGACUGGCGCUGCUCCUGGCAGAGUCCAAGUUUGCCUGUAAUGACCUGAAGAAUGGCUACUACGCCGACGAGAGCGUCGGCUGCCAGGUCUUCCACUACUGCGUUGAUGGAGUCAAGCACAGCUGGCAAUGCCCGGAAAACACCGUCUUCCACCAGAUUCACCUGAACUGCGUGCCCAACACUCAGGACAUCUGUCGCGAGUCCUCCAAAUUCCACGUCGUCAAUGACUACCUUCAUAAGGAACUAAACGAACGCGGCCCCAACAACACCGUCCUCUAUCACCAGCGCUUCUACCCGGAAGGUUUCGACGUCAGCGGUGGCGACACUGUGACGCAGAUCUUCCAGGCACAGGCCGCCGCCGCCCUGCAGAAGGUGAAUCAUGUAGAGAAUGACGCAGUAGAUGGUUCGCAGGAACAGCAGUGUGCACUCGGAGAUGAGGAAUGCGCCAAUGCUGAAGUUAGUGUGCAUUCCGACGAUUAUGCCGACAAUGAACAGCG